AGUGCCCCAAAACCCCUCUCUCCAUGAAAACCCUAACUCCAUUAUUACUCACCUCGAUCAAAAAAAUCGAGAAAAAAGAGGGGAAAAAAGCUUAAAAUUCUCUUUCGAAAACCCUAAUCCUAAUUCUCCGUUACAAAUCCACCUCGAAUCCUUAAUCCGCGGAGAAGAUGCAACACGACGACGUAAUAUGGCAAGUGAUCAGGCACAACCACUGCAGCUACAUGGCCAAGAUCGCUACGGGGAUUUUCUGUAGAAAUCCGUAUAAUGUUACUGGAAUUUGUAAUCGGAGCUCGUGCCCUCUCGCCAAUAGCCGCUACGCGACGAUCCGUGAUCACGAAGGGGUCUUUUACGUGUAUAUGAAAACAAUUGAAAGGGCUCACAUGCCAAAUAAACUGUGGGAAAGAGUAAAGCUGCCCAGAAAUUAUGAGAAAGCACUAGAAGUUAUUGACAAGCAUCUGGAAUACUGGCCUAAGUUACUUGUGCACAAAAUCAAGCAACGCCUUACUAAAAUGACCCAAUACAGGAUACGUAUGAGGAAGCUUCAGUUGAAAGUGAGGGAGAAGAUAAUGACAGUGCCUAGAAAAGAGAAAAAACGAGAGGCUAGGAGGGAAGAAAAAGCCGAAAGAGCUGCACGUAUUGAUAAUAACAUCCAACAAGAAUUGGUGGAGCGCCUUAAGAAAGGUGUUUAUCCUGGUGAAAUUGUCAACAUCCCUGAGAAGUUGUAUAAUGAAGUAGUCGAAAUGGAAGGGCUAAAGCCAAGUCCUGAAGAAGAAGAAGAAGAAGAAGAAGAAGAGGAAGAUCCUGAGGUAGAAUAUGUCGAGGGUUAUGACGAACUUGAAGAGGAAGAGGACAUGGAAGACUUUGGAGGUUUUCCGACGGAUGAACUGUUGGAGGAUGAUGAAUAUGGUGACAUGGACGAAGACGAUGAACAGAAUAAAAGGCGGAAGAGAGCUGGAUCCGAUGUGGAGAAGCUUGAUGAUAGUGAUUAUAGUGCAAAGCUCAAAAGAAAGGGGAAAGUUAUCAUUGAGGUUGAGGGCAAUGACAAUACGGCGGAUAGACAAAGGGCGGGGAUGUGAUGUCACUAUGAAUACAUUAAAGUGGAAUGUGGUGUUUCUCUGCGUUUUCUUUGAUAGUUCCUUCAUGAUAGCGGCGAGAUAAUGAUGUGAACACCCCACAUCAAUGUUCAAAACUAGGAAGUCAUUAUUCCAUGAACUGAAUGUACCGCAGAAUCGAAAUUUUGCUCUUAGUUUCUCUAGGACAUUUUUUGAUCUGUUUUAGAACUUCUUGUUUGGUAGAUGAUUCACUUAUAUCAUGAGAACAUUGAGAAGUAACAAAUUCACGCGAAUUACUUAAUAGCUAACACAUUUUUCUUUCGCUAUUUGUUAACUA